AUGACUGAAAGUUCUCUUGACCUUCAGGAGUUGGAAAAGUUAAGGUCUACAAAUUUGCCUCUACAAAAAAAAUGUCAAAAUAUAGUUUCCCCCGAAGUAUCUCACAAAUGGCGAUUAAUCUUAGAACCGGCUCUUGUUGGUGCCAUGAUGGCCAUCAAUCUAGGCCAGACUUCGCUCCAGAAUUUCUAUUUAAGAACUGCUUGUCACGUAGACUUGAAUUUUUCACUUGAUAUCUGCGAAAAAGGAGUUGGAGAAGAAUUCAGAAUUGCUGAGGGAAAAAGUCAAGAAGUAGUAUCAAGUAUCAAUGUAAGCCGCAGUUUUGUCGGCUUGAUUCUCUCUACAAUUAUUUUAUUAUUCGUUGGGCCUUGGAGUGAUUAUAGUGGACGUAGGAAGCCGUUACUCAUCCUACCCUUACUGGGAAUGUGUGUUAUGACUAUAGGUGUAUUAUUAAUGCUCACAUUUCCUGGUGCUAAUACAAUUCAAGUGCUCUACGCGGUCCAAAUACCCAUAUCCUUAGGAGGCAAUUUCGGAUUACUGCUAGCAGCAUCCUUCAGUUAUAUAGGUGAUUUAUGUCAUGCGUCCGGCCGCGACGUUACUCGCACAAUGGGCACACAUCGCGCCGCUAUUCAAAUAGCUCAUGUGGUUGGCUCGGUUAGCGGACCCCAGCUCUAUCACCACCUUGGAUUCUAUGGUGUGUUUCCACUUGUUUUAUUUUUACAGGCCUCUUCGCUCAUAUAUGUCAUAAUAAUGGUUAAAGAUGUUAACGUGAACAGAGAUAAUAAAGUAUCGGUACUAAAUUGGCGGCUACCAUUAAACGCAGUGCAAUGUUUGGUGAGAAAACGAGAAGGAUAUAAAAGAAUCACCAUAUUCCUCAUGCUGUUUGUUGGACUUGGAGAUAGAGUGUUAUUAUCCGCGGAGGUGCUACUAGCGUAUAUGUACUACAGAUUUAAAUUCCAAUGGGAUGAUGUCAUAUUUGGAUUUUUCCUUGCUUACAGGAACACCAUUAGCUUCAUUGGUACAAUUAUAAUUCUCAACAUACUUAAACGGCGAAUGCGAUUGUGUGAUGAAGUAGUGGGUGUCCUCAGCUGCCUCUCGUACAUGUUUGCAACAUCGUCUCUCAUCGCCGCUAGUACAACAUUAUUCGUAUUCAUUAUUCCUAUCAUCGGCAUCAUAUCCCAGGGUUCGCAAGUUGUGCAGAGGCCGUUGUUGAACAAACAAAUUCUGCCCACAGAACAAGGUAAAAUAUAUGGUAUACUGGGUGCUUUAGAAUGCGCUACGCAGGCUUUUUCAUCACCGCUCUAUUCACUUUUGUAUGCGAAAACUGUGUCGAUAGUUCCCGACGCUUGGCUCGUACCGGGCAUAGUUUUAGCCUUAUUGCAACUCUUUUCAUACUUACUAACUAGAAGACUGCAAAAUAUACAGCCAGAUAAUAUUUCGCAGCAAGAGAAGAAUAUGGAUCUACAGGCUACUAACUACAAGCAAACUGAAGAUACCAAAGAAUUAGAUCUCAUUGAUAAAGACGUUAAAAGCGUGGACACAAAAUGCGCUUCA